AUGCCCACAGAGCUUGAAGAGCUUGUCGGCUUCAUCGCCAGCCCGAACCCACAAAUUAGGGCGGUCGCCGUAGAGAACCUCGUUGGAUACUCAACAGCGCAACCCUCAAUUUUCAAAAUCAACCAACUGGUCCCAGUCAAGAACCUCAAGGUUCUGAUCCAAGACCGCCCACAAAUCGCCCAACAUGCCCUGACGAUAUUAGUGAACAUUGCUGCCGAUUCCGAGGUCCUCAACUACUUGGCGUCGGAUGACAAAUUUCUGGAUGUCAUUUUCUCUCGAAUAACGAACCCUUCGGAGCCUGGUGCAAAUCUUUUGGCAAUGCUGCUCGCGAAUCUGGCCAAGUGGGACGGGCUGAAAAAUAUUGUCAACCGGAAGCAGAAGGCGCCCGAGGGCCUGGCAUCUGACGAUCUGGUUCUGAACCAGCUGGUCGAUCUCUUCGUCAAGGGCGCCGAUGGUUCUUACAACAAGGAUGCCGACUACGACUACCUUGCAUAUCUGUUCGCUGACCUCGCCAAACACCAAGAAGUCAGGCAGUAUUUCGUCAAGCGGCAAGAGUACGAUUCUGUGAUCCCUUUGACGAAACUCAAGGUCUUCACCGAGCACAAGUCUGACAUCAGACGCAAAGGAGUGGCAAGUACCAUCAAGAACGUGGCUUUCGACGUCCCGUCACAUCCUCUAUUCUUCUCCGAGGAUGAGAUUCACAUUUUCCCGUAUAUCCUGCUGCCGAUCAUGGGCAGCGAAGAGUACGAUGAAGACGACAUGAUGGCGAUGCUACCCGAGCUGUCAUUGUUGCCACCUGACAAGGAGCGCGAUCACGAUAGCAGCAUCAUUCAGACACACGUGGAGACCUUGAUGCUCUUCACUACGACUCGGCAGGGGCGGGACCUGAUGAGAGAGAUCAAGGUCUAUCCCAUCGUCCGAGAAACACAUCUGCGCGCCAAGGAAGAGAGCGUGAAGAUGGCCUGCGAGCGACUAGUCCAGGUCUUAAUGCUGGAUGAUGAGGUCGAGGAUGAUAGCGCACGUGUCGUAGAGCUGGACGACGACGAAGACGACGAAGACGGGAAGAUCGUCGAGGUAUAA